AUGAUUCCUACGGUCGGGUUUAACAUGAUGAAAGUGACCAUAGGAAAUGUUACAAUCAAACAAUGGGAUCUUUGUGGUCAACCAAGAUUUUGCAGCAUGUGGGAACGUUAUUGCCAGCGCUUUUUCUUUUUGUUCAUGUAUGUUGUUGAUGCUGCAGAUCCUGACAACCUAAGUGCCUCGAAAAGUGAAAUCCAUGAUUUAUUGAGCAAGACUUCGCUUAACGGUUUCCCUCUCCUGGUUCUUGGAAACAAAAUUGACAAACCUGGAGCUCUGUCCAAAGAAGCCUUAACCGAUUGUAUGGGGCUUAACUCGCUUACAGAUAGAGAAGUCUGCUGUUUCAUGAUAUCCUGCAAGAACUCUACCAACAUUGAUCAGGUCAUUGAUUGGCUCGUAAGCAUUUAA